CGGUGGCAAGGGGGGGCGGCAGGCGGUAGAGCGGCGGGUGAUGAUGGUGGCGGAGGGGCGCGUCUACCUCCUGUACCACUACGGCCGCCACCGCCUGCUGCAGCCCUCCAGGACCUUCAUCAAGCCAGCGGACGGCGUGCCCACCUCCCUCACCAUGGACCUCACCCACAGCUUCCAACCUGACCCCGGGGCAGAGGAGCCGUCGUUGCCGCAGUUUUGGGAAGAGUUGGAGGAACAGAUGGAGGCCGAGGCCCGGGCGUUGGUGGAGGUGCGGCAAGCAGUGGAGGAGACCGAGGCGGUGAAGGAGGCCCGUGUGGCGGAGGAGGAGCGAGCCACGCUGCUGCCGGGAAUCUUCGACACCACGUCCAACGCCACCGUCCAGCAGAUCCUGAAGGAGAGAGAGUGGGAGGAGGCCCACCGGGAAGAGACGGAGAGAAAGAAGAGAGAGGAGCGGGAGGGCCGCGUUGACACCCUUGCUCCUUACCUGCCGCUACUUCAGGGAGGAGAGGGGCUGGAGGAGGCCGUAAAAGAGCGCUGCCUACAGGACUUGAGAGAUCGCCUCGCCCUCAGAGCAAACCUUCUUCAAGACAAACUUGACCAAGCUCGAGAGAAUGUGCUGGCGUGCCGGGAGGAGGCCACGCGCCGUAAGCGAGUGACCGCUGAGGAGCGCGCCGCCCUCAACGCCCAGACCGCCGCAGCUGAGGCCGCCCAUCGCCGCCUGCGGGCCCACCUGGCGGCCUGGAGACACGAGGCCGAGGAGAGGUACGAGACCAUGGCCGCCAAGCUGGAGGCCGACCCGCGGAUUCAUGACAUUCCCUCCUCCACCGCCACGCCCCAGCCGACGGACAGACAGGGCUCUCCCGGCCCCACGGCCCCGCAGCGCUGAGAUGCAGCACUACGCCACGUGGGUCUAGGCGAGAGGUGUAAUGUGGGAGGAGGACUUUCUGAACAGUUGUUUCUCAACCCUGAAUUCUUCAACGAUGAACCCACACG